GAUACUACAAGUUUAAGGGAUUGAAAUCCAAGGAUUUCAACGCCAUGGCCAACGAGCAGAAUGUCGUCCUGAGCACGCUAGACAAAGCCAAGACUCAGCUAUACCACUUCACCACAGUGGUUAUCGCCGGCAUGGGGUUCUUCACCGAUUCCUACGAUCUUUUCUGCAUCUCCCUCGUCACGAAGCUACUCGGUCGCAUAUAUUUUCACGUCGAGGGAUCAUCGAAGCCAGGUACUCUGCCGCCUAACGUCGCCGCCGCUGUUAAUGGAGUCGCGUUCUGCGGAACCCUAGUCGGGCAGCUCUUUUUCGGUUGGCUUGGUGAUAGGUUGGGUCGGAAGCGCGUCUAUGGCAUCACGCUCUUGCUUAUGGUUGGGAGUUCCAUUGGUUCUGGACUCUCGUUUGGGAGCUCCCCAAAGGCGGUGAUGGCGACUCUGUGUUUUUUCAGGUUUUGGUUGGGGUUUGGUAUCGGCGGAGAUUACCCGCUCUCUGCAACAAUCAUGGCUGAGUAUUCGAACAAGAGAACUCGGGGGGCUUUCAUUGCUGCAGUUUUCGCUAUGCAAGGGUUUGGAAUUCUCUGUGGUGGAACUGUGGCUAUAUUAGUUUCUACAAUCUUUCGUGCUCUAUUCCCGGCCCACGCUUACUCCGUCGAUCCUACCGGAUCCACUGUCCCUCAGGCAGACUAUGUAUGGCGGAUCAUUCUCAUGUUCGGCGCAGUCCCGGCCGCUUUGACGUUCUAUUGGCGCAUGAAGAUGCCGGAAACCCCUCGUUACACUGCCUUAGUUGCCAAGAAUCACCAGAAAGCAUGCCAAGAUAUGUCAAAAGUUUUGAACAUUGAGAUUCAAGCAGUGAAGGAGGUGAAAGAGGAGGAUCAGAAGGUCGUGGUGGUUGAUCAAAGAAGCAAUUCUUUCGGGUUGUUCUCCUCAGAAUUUCUUGCUCGCCAUGGGCUGCACUUGUUGGGGACGACAACGACAUGGUUCUUGGUGGACAUUGCAUAUUAUAGUCAGAAUCUGUUCCAAAAGGACAUUUUCAGUGCAGUUGGUUGGAUCCCUCCUGCAAAAACCAUGAGUGCCCUUGAUGAGCUCUUCAAGAUUGCAAGGGCUCAAACCUUGAUUGCUCUCUGCGGCACUGUUCCUGGAUACUGGGUCACAGUUGCACUCAUCGACCAUAUCGGACGUUUUGCGAUUCAGCUAAUUGGGUUUUUCUUCAUGUCAGUUUUCAUGUUUGCCCUAGCCAUUCCUUACCAGCACUGGACACAAAAGGCAAACCAUAUUGGCUUUGUGGUAAUGUAUGCGCUAACCUUCUUCUUCGCCAAUUUUGGGCCAAAUAGCACCACGUUCAUCGUGCCCGCGGAGAUCUUCCCUGCAAGGCUUCGAUCAACUUGCCAUGGUAUUUCGGCUGCUUCAGGGAAAGCUGGUGCAAUUGUGGGAGCUUUUGGGUUCUUAUAUGCGUCACAGAAUCAGGACAAGUCGAAGGCUGACCCGGGGUACCCUGCCGGAAUUGGAAUGAGAAACUCUCUCCUUGUGCUCGCUUUUGUCAAUGUGCUUGGGAUAUUCUUCACAUUCUUGGUGCCGGAGUCGAAGGGAAAAUCGCUGGAGGAAAUGUCGAGGGAGGAAGAAGGAGGUCAAGAGCAACCCAACAAUGUUUAA